AUGUUCAGCUACCUCCGGAAACGCUUCAGCAGGCACCUCCGCGAGCGCAGCCGGCGCCGGGCACGGCUGGUCUCCAAGGAUGGGAGGUGUAACAUAGAGUUUGGCAACGUAGAGCAGGCAAGGUUUGUCUUUUUGAUUGAUAUAUGGACGACUAUCCUGGAUCUCAGGUGGAGAUACAAAAUGACUAUCUUCAUUUCAGCGUUCCUAGGCAGCUGGUUUCUGUUUGGGCUCCUCUGGUACGUGGUGGCUUACAUACACAAAGACCUGCCAGAAUUUAACCCUUCCAUAAACCACACCCCCUGCGUUGAGAACAUCAACGGGCUGACCUCAGCUUUCCUCUUCUCCUUGGAGACCCAAGUAACCAUCGGUUACGGCUUCAGGUGUGUCACAGAACAAUGUGCCACUGCCAUUUUCCUGCUCAUCUUCCAGUCUAUCCUGGGGGUAAUCAUCAAUUCUUUCAUGUGUGGUGCUAUCUUGGCCAAGAUCUCGAGGUCCAAGAACCGGGCCAAGACCAUCACCUUCAGCAAGAAUGCUGUCAUCAGCAAACGUGGUGGGAAGCUCUGCCUCCUCAUUCGGGUGGCAAACCUCAGGAAGAGCCUGCUGAUUGGGAGUCACAUCUAUGGAAAACUUCUGAAGACCACGAUCACCCCAGAAGGAGAAACGAUCAUUUUGGACCAGGUCAACAUAGAAUUUAUAGUUGAUGCUGGCAACGAGAAUCUCUUCUUCAUUUCCCCAUUGACUAUUUAUCAUAUCAUAGACAAGAACAGUCCGUUCUUCCACAUGGCAGCAGAAACCAUUCUGCAGCAGGAUUUUGAAUUGGUGGUGUUUUUAGAUGGCACUGUUGAAGCCACUAGUGCUACCUGUCAAGUGAGGACAUCCUACAUCCCAGAAGAGGUGCUCUGGGGUUAUCGCUUUGCUCCCAUUGUGUCCAAGACCAAAGAAGGGAAAUACAGAGUAGACUUCCAGAACUUCAGCAAGACAGUGGCUGUGGAGACUCCCCACUGUGCCUUCUGUCUCUACAAUGAGAAAGAGGCCAAAGCCAAAGAAAAGAAAGGUUAUGACAAUCCUGGUUUUGUCUUGUCAGAAGUUAGUGAAACCAGUGACACAAAAAUGUAG